AUUUUUGAUGUCCCGGGAACAGUAGAAACAACCACACUCAUGGAAAAAAUCAAAUUAAUUUGAUUCACGCAUUUCAGAAAUGGUUUGUUUCCCCAGCCAGCAUUUUAAGCGAAAUUAUAAAGGGAGCUCCCUGAAAAUGCAUGGUGAGAAAAUGCUACCAUCAUUCCCAUUAAUGAUCAAUAUUUACCUUUAGGAAGAUUGUUUAAAGGUCAAGAGAGAAUUAUGUCAGGAAUUCAGCCUCAGCUUGAUGGGGGGUUAAUGGAUGCCUAGAGAAUUUGGAACUGAAAGAGGCCUAUGUAGACUUGCUCCUUGCCCUGCCCCCCAUUCCCUGGACCUUUACUCCACCACCUGACUCCCUCUGGAACUCGGGAGACAGGCCUGGGCUGGGGAAAAAGAUAAGAGCUAAAUGCAUUGAGCACUUAAAAAUGUGGCAGCCUCGUGCUAAUAACUUCGGGUUCAUGUAACCUUCACUUGUAAAGACUCCUUGGCAAAAUUAUUCCCAUUCUGUUGAUGUAGAUUCUUUAGAACAGAGCAGUUACUUAAUCAGCAUGACUCUCUGGGGCCAGUAAGCGGUGGAGCAGGAUGUAAACCCGCGGGGCUGACUCCAGGGCCCUAGGCUUUAUGGCUUCAAUCUGAGUUCAUCUGCAUGCAAAUGGUCAUUGAUAAGGAACUAGUCCAUUGUUGCCUCCCAAACUGGGACUCUUGGGAGGGAGGUAUACUGUUAAUAAUUAUGUGGGGAAAAUAAACGUAGAUCAGAAUUGUCUGGGGCAAAGACAUAUGACGAGCUAGUAGCCCAACACUCUGAGCGUGGAUGGACAUAUGAGGAUAAGAAUGAAGAAGGGAAGAGGAGCUGAUACGUGGGCCUUGAGAAAGACCAGCAUCUAGGGAAUUGCCAGAGAAAAGGGAAAUCUGUAAAGGUUCUGGGGAAAGGCAGGAUCCAGGUCCCAAGCACAGGGACUCCAGAGCAGAAUUUCUCAGAGGGGAGCAGCCCACAGAGCCCCAGUCCCCGGACUUGGGAAUGCUGCUGACGCCCAAGGUCAAGAAGUGGCCGUUGAAAGGAGCAACAAAAAAAUAAAUCAUUAGUGAUUUACUGACAAGCAUUUCUUUGGUGUGUGGAGUUGGAAGCCAAUUUAAAGUAAAAUGAGGAGUGAGUGGGAGGUGAGGACCGGGACACAGCCAGCGCAAACAACUCUUUGUAAAUGUGGCCUUGAAGCAGAGGCGAAAGAUAGGACAGUCCUGGAGGUGGAGUCAAAGAAGUUUCCUUUCUUUUUUAAAACAAGAAAGUAGAAUGUGUUAAUGCUGAAAGAAGGAGCCAACCCCAGGAGAGUAAAGGAACCCAGAAAGCGUAAUGAUCAGCUCCCAGAGGAAUAUCCUGCAGGAAAGUCCCUGAGGAUGUGAGAGGACCGGCCACUUGAGUGGAGAGACUAACUUUACCCCAAGGAGCACUCCACAGACCCACCUGUGCAAAGGACUGCGCUAGGCCUGGAGCCCUGGGUGUCAUGAUCCACUUGCUGGCUUCCGAAGUCCGGCAGCUGCUCCACAACAAGUUCGUGAUCAUCCUGGGGGACUCUGUGCACAGGGCGGUGUACAAGGACCUGGUGCUCUUGCUGCAGAAGGACUGCUUGCUCUCUCCCAGCCAACUCAAGGCCACGGGUGAGCUGAGCUUCGAACAGGACGAACUGAUGGAGGGAGGCCAAAAGGGUGUCAUGCACAAUGGCAUCAACUACCGCGAGGUCCGCGAGUUCUGCUCCGACCACCAUCUGGUGCGCUUCUACUUUAUCACGCGAGCAUACUCCGAAUACCUUGAGGCUGUCUUGGAAAAGUUGCAGUCAGGCGAGCCCCCUGACGUGGUCAUCAUGAACUCUUGCCUCUGGGAUGUGUCCAGGUAUGGUAAGGACUUCUGGGGGACAUACCUGGAGAACCUGGAGACUCUGUUUGGGCGCCUGGGCCAGGUGCUGCCCGCGUCUUGCCUCCUGGUGUGGAACACAGCCAUGCCCGUCGGUGACGUAAUCCGCGGACGUUUCAAACUGCCCAAGCACCUGCCCACAGCCGCGGCCCUGAAAGCUGCGGUGGUGGAAGCCAACUUCUACAGCUUUGCCGAGGCAAAGAAACACGGCUUCGACGUGCUGGACUUGCACUUCCACUUCCGCCACGCCAGGCAGCACCUGCAGCAAGACGGGGUGCACUGGGAUGAGCGCGCGCAUCGCCACCUCUCCCAGCUGCUGCUGGCCCACGUGGCCGACGCCUGGAACGUGGAGCUGCCCCACCGCUCCUCCGUGGGCAGGUGGAUCAAGUAUGGCCCUGAAAGGGACCAUCCCGGCCAGAGAGGGAAGGGGCAGUCUUGGGCGAGUAGAGACAAGCCGGCCUUACUUCAGUCCCCACCUGUACCUGCUCCCAGGACCCGCCCCCUGCUCCCAUCCCCAUCAGGGUCCUGGCGCCUACCCUUACCCCCUCCACCAUUGCUGCCCCCACAGCCUCCUUUUCUCCCUCCCCAGGUGGUGCCCCCACUCCCGCUCUGUCCCCCAGAUUCCUAUUUCUCCUCAGACCGCACUUUCCAGUCAGAUCAAUUCUAUUUCCAUUCGGAUGGCCCCUCACCCACCCAGACAGGGUUUUCCUUCCAAGCCGAUUUUAUGGGUGGUCCUCAGCUGCCUGUGCCAUGCUUCCCCGCACCCUUGUAUCUGCAGCAGACCCCCGUGGUCCACAGGGGGUUUCCCCGGCCCCCUCCUCGUGGCCCCUAUGCGCUCUGGAGACGGCGCCCCAGACCGUCGAAGAGUCGGCCACCAACUGGCCCAGAACCGAGGCCUCAGUAGGCUGAACCAGGCCCUUUCCUUCCCUGGAUGCUCUUGUCAUGGCCCAAGCAGACUGACCUUGGCAACUCCAGCCUUCUUUGUUCAUUGCUGUUACUAGUAAAGACAGGGAAGAACUAAGUGACCUCUUACUGACUGUCCUCUCUUCCUCACUUGCUGGGAUUGAGCAAGCAUUGCAUUACUCCUGCCUCUCCAUUCCUUCCAUUAUCUUUGCCUUUUUGUAAGAAUAAAGUUGAAUAAAUAAACUGUAUUACAAAAGUACUUGUGGGUUUUGGGUGU